CAGCUCACGCGUGUGGUCGGGAAGGCAAGUCAAGUCAAGUGCAGCUCACGUUAGGUACGCGUUUUGCUGGCUAAUAAACCCACACAACACAGAUAUUUCGAUCCUCUCCUUGCUCCAUGCUUUUCCGCCACUGCACAAGCCUCGCUGCUGCACCUGCCUGACGCGUCGCCGGAGUCUGAUCGAUCGACGUACAGAUCCCGAUCUACGCCCUGCCCACGUAAAAUUAACCGAGCUAGCACGUCCUGCAACCCAUGGAGGCGGCUCUCGUGAGUGUGGCGACGGGGGUCCUGAAGCCCGUCCUGGAGAAGCUGGCAGCUCUGCUUGGUGACGAGUACAAACGGUUCAAGGGAGUGCGCAAGGAUAUCAAGUCCCUCACUCGCGAGCUCCCUGCCAUGGAGGCUUUUCUCCUCAAGAUGUCCGAGGACGAGGAUCCUGAUGUGGAGGAUAAAGUUUGGAUGAAUGAGGUGCGAGAGCUAUCUUAGGACAUGGAGGAUGCCAUUGACAACUUCAUGCAAAGCGUAGGAGACAAAGAUGAAAAGCCAGAUGGCUUAAUUGACAAGAUAAAAAAUGCGCUAGGGAAGUUGGGGAAGAUGAAGGCUCGGCGUCGGAUUGGCAAGGAGAUCCAAGAUCUCAAGAAACAAAUCAAAGAGGUGAGUGAGAGGAAUGCAAGGUACAAGAGUCGCGAGGCCUUCUCCAAGACCGUCAAUGCGACCGUUGACCCUAGAGCUCUUGCUAUAUUUGAGCAUGCAUGGAAGCUUGCUGGAAUUGAUGAACCCAAGGCUGAGAUAAUCAAAUUGUUGAUGGACGAUGAUGGGUGUGCGACAACACAACAACAACCAAAGAUAGUCUCCAUCACUAGACCGGGAGGAAUGGGCAAAACAACUCUUGCGAACCAAGUGUAUCAAGAGAUCAAAGGGCAGUUUGAGUGUUGGGCCUUCCUAUCCGUGUCGCGAAGCCCAGACAUGAUGAAUAUCCUGAGGACUAUUCUUAGUGAAGUUAGCAGUGAUCGUUAUUCUAACACGGAAGCAGGGAGUGUACAAAUACUCAUUAGCAAGAUCAAUGACUUCCUACUAGAUAAAAGGUACUUUGUUGUUGAUGAUGAUAUAUGGGACGUGGAUACAUGGGAUAUUAUUAAGUGUGCAUUCCCCGCAACAAGUAAUACCAGUAGAAUAAUCACUACUGCUCGUAUAAACAAUGUCGCUCAUUCAUGUUUAUCAUCAUUCAAUGGUCGUAUUUACAAUAUAAGGGCUCUCAGUAUGGUGCACUCAAGACAGUUAUUUCAUAGAAGGCUAUUCAAGUCUGAUGAAGAUUGCCCUUCAUACCUUCAAGAAAUUUCUGAGCAGAUAUUGGAAAAAUGCCAUGGGUUACCUUUGGCGAUCAUUGCUAUAUCUGGUUUGUUAGCUAAUAUAGAAAAAACAGAAGAUCUAUGGAAUCAAGUGAAAGAUUCAAUUGGUCGUGCACUUGAAAGAAAUCCUAAUGUCGAAGGAAUGAUGAAGAUAUUGUCACUUAGUUACUUUGAUCUGCCUCUUUACCUAAAAACAUGUCUCUUAUAUCUGAGUGUAUAUUUAGAAGAUUCUACUAUUAAGAAGAAGGGCUUGAUAAGAAGAUGGAUUGCUGAACGAUUCAUUCAUAGAGAAGGUAGAUACACGGCAUAUGAGUUAGGAGAAAGGUGUUUUAGUGAACUACUCAAUAGGGGUUUGAUCCAACCUGGGGAGAUAGAUGUCUAUGGCGAGGUGAAUAGUUGUCAAGUUCACGACACAAUUCUUGAUUUUAUCAUAUCCAAGUCUAUAGAAGAGAAUUUUGUUACUUUUCGUGGUCUUCCCCUUAUGACAAUUGGGAAACAAAGCAAAGUUGUUCGUCAACUCUGUCUACAUGGUGUAAAGGAAGGAAAUUCAACAGUAUUGACAGCGGGUCUCGUGUUUUCCCAUCUCCGAUCACUUACUAUGGUUAGAGGUCUGUUGGAAAUCCCUUCUUUGGAAGAGUUCAGACAUCUGCGUGUUCUCGACUUGAUGGCUUGCUCCAAAUUGGAAGACCAUCAUCUUGAAAAUAUAGUGAGGUUGUUCCAGCUGAGGUACCUGAACCUCCAAGGUACAAGAAUAAGCAAGCUCCCAGAACAAAUUGGGCGUUUAGGAUGCUUAGAAGUGCUGGACCUAAGAGGGACUUCUGUAAAAGAAUUACCUGCAUGUAUUGUGAAUCUCAGAAAAUUGAUGCAUCUACUUGGUAAUGAUGAUGCAAAAUUUCCUGAUGGGAUUGUGAAGAUGCAAGCACUAGAGAUGUUGGAAUAUGUCAAUGCCUCCAUUCAGCCAUUUGACUUCCUGCGCGGCCUUGGACAACUAAAGAAUUUGAGGAAUCUACAACUUGACCUUGAUUUCGAAUUUGAUGCUGUUACCGAGGAUACAAAUAUGGUUGGGGAGGAGCACACCAAAGCUAUUGUCACCUCCCUAUGUAAACUAGGCACCCAGAAUCUCCGCUCCCUGACUAUUUAUGGAGGGAGCAACCUUUUACAUAAGGAAUCUUUGUGCCUACCUACCCUCGAGGACCUUUGUAUCUAUUUUUCGGCCUUCCCACAGGUUCCGACAUGGCUGGGCUCCUUCAGAAAACUCCAACGGCUACGCCUUGGUAUGAAGGGGCUCAAGCAGGACGGCCUCUGCACCCUUGGGGCUUUACCCAGUCUGCUCGUUCUGUAUCUGGUGGAACAAACAGCGUCAAACGGAAAGCUCAGAUUCAGUGGUGAGGUUGGGUUCCCAUUCUUGAAGAUUUUUAUUUAUGAUGCAUGUUCUAAACCAGUAGAUCUGAUGUUUGGGGCAGGGUCCAUGCCAAAGCUGGAAAAACUCGAGCUUAAUUGUUUUUGGAUAGUUGAAGCUAACUCUCUGGGGUUUGGAAUCGAGAACCUCCCUUGCCUCACUAGUGUUAAAUGCAUUGAGUUUGCUGGUGAUGAUGGCGUAGUUGAAGCCAUGAAGACUGUCAUGGAGAGAGGAGCCAGCACACAUCCCAACCACCCUAGCCUACUCUUUGAGAGACUUUGAAUUAACAAGCCAACAACACGGGAGUUGCUUCUGCUCGUCGUCCGGCCGACCAGCCGGUUCUCAAAUUUUAUACUAGUGUCUAUCUCGAUUCAUCUCUCUUGUAUGAUACACUACUCUCUCUGUUAGAUAAUAAUUUACUAUGAUAAUGAUACCAAAUUGUAGAAUUGGUUAAGACUGUUACUAUACUGCAUUUUGUGUAAUAACCAGUCAUCCGUGUUGAUGGUUUAAUAUUAUUGGGCGACCAUUCGUAG